AUGCGGCCGCCGCUGACCCCGAUGCGAUCCGGGCUGUGGCCCGCCCGCCGGGGAGUCGGGGUCCUCGGUCGCCAGCUCGGGGAGGCGCCGCCGCGCGGAACUGCCGGAGGGCCGAGGCGGCCUGGCGGGAGGCCGGACGCCGGAGGCGCUAGGCGUGGUUGCGGGCUCCUCCUCAGCACCUCUCCGACCAUGGCUGCUAGCUCCGCCGCGCCGCGCCGGGCUCCUCCUCGCUGGUCCACUGCACGGGAGGGAUUUAUACAAUCUGGUGAAGUCCAUAUAUUUGGUUAUGCUAGAUCAAAUCUUUCUGAUGAUGGGUUGAGAGAACGCAUUCGUGGGUAUCUCAAAGGAGCCCCAGAAGAUCUUUCAGGAUUUUUGCAAUUAAUAAAAUAUGUCAGUGGUUCCUAUGACACUGGAGAAGGAUUUGAGAAACUGAACAAGGCAAUAUCAGAGUAUGAGGCGUCAAACAAAUCAGGAAGCUAUCGCAGGCUCUUUUAUUUGGCAUUGCCUCCAUCUGUCUACCCUUCAGUGUGCAAAAUGAUCAGAACAUAUUGCAUGAAUCCAUCUUCUCACCCUGGAUGGACCAGAGUCAUUGUUGAGAAGCCCUUUGGAAAGGACUUGGAUUCCGCUGAAGAAUUAAGUGCCCAACUUGGGGAGCUAUUCGAAGAACACCAACUAUACAGAAUAGACCAUUACCUGGGAAAAGAGUUGGUCCAAAACUUGCUUGUCCUUCGUUUUGCCAACCGCUUGUUCUUGCCUCUUUGGAACCGCGACAAUAUUGAUAAUAUACAGAUUGUAUUCAGGGAGGACUUUGGAACUGAAGGGCGUGGAGGAUAUUUCGACCAAUAUGGAAUCAUUCGUGAUAUCAUUCAGAAUCAUUUACUGCAGGUUUUCUGUUUGGUUGCGAUGGAAAAGCCUGUCUCCCUUAAGCCUGAGCACAUCAGAGAUGAGAAAGUCAAGGUUCUGCAAUCUGUGAACCCUAUUAAGCCUGAAGAGGUAGUCCUCGGGCAAUACGAUGGCUACAAGGAUGACCCUACAGUGCCAGAUGACUCAAAUACCCCAACUUUUGCAUCUGUUGUUCUUCGGGUACACAAUGAAAGAUGGGAAGGUGUUCCUUUCAUUCUUAAAGCUGGUAAAGCAUUGAGCUCAAGGAAAGCAGAAGUUCGGGUGCAAUUCAAGGAUGUUCCUGGUGACAUUUUUAGAAGUAAGAAGCAAGGGAGAAAUGAGUUUGUUAUACGCCUCCAACCAUCAGAAGCCAUGUACAUGAAGCUAACUGUUAAGAAGCCUGGGUUGGAAAUGGCUACUGAACAAAGUGAACUUGAUCUGUCAUAUGGGAUGCGGUACCAAAAUGUCAAAAUUCCUGAGGCAUAUGAACGCCUUAUCUUGGAUACAAUAAGAGGAGACCAGCAGCACUUCGUUCGCAGAGAUGAGCUAAAGGCUGCUUGGCAGAUUUUCACUCCUUUGCUGCACGACAUUGACGACGGCAAGCUGAAGCCCCGCCCAUAUGAACCUGGCAGCCGAGGUCCUAAGGAAGCCGACGAACUGAGCGCGAGAGUUGGAUAUGUGCAGACCCACGGUUACGUAUGGGUACCACCGACCCUUGCAUAG